CGACCGGUCUCGGCGCAUCCGGGACGCUGAGGUACCUGGCCUGCGGGAGAGGGGCUGCGUGGGCCUGUUGCGGUGCUGCGGCGUCCGCCCAGCUCGUCGGCUGGGUGGCGAGUCGCCACUCCUGGGUCUCUGAGGUCACCGUCCUGCAGCUGGAGGUGCAGCGUCCCAGACCGUCGAGGACUGCCCCGAGAUUUCUGGGGUGGAGGUCAGAGGUCGGAGGUCAUGCCUUUGUUGAAUGUUGGGGCCCCACCCGUCUAAGCAUAGAGGCGGGCCGCUCUCUGUUUUUAUAGUCAGCUCCCUUUCGCGGAAGGAGCUCCGAGGGAAACUGAGGCCUGCGAGCCGCCGGGGCUCCUGGCAGGCGCUGAGCUCCGACGGGAAGGUCCGCCCGACCUCGGGCCGCCGCAGGUGACCCUCGGGCACCCGGAGAGCCGCCUCCUCCCUCCCUCCUCCGGGCCGGCGGGGCCCCCGGAGUGCGGGGAGGGGUCUGGGGCGAGGUGGGGGGGUCGCUCCGUGGUCACGCUGUCCUGAGGGGGCCGCCCCUCUUUCUGGCUCCGAAGAAACCCGGUGCCAACUCUUUUUGAGGCUGUCGUUCCCGGGUUGGAGAUUUCAUGUCUGGAAGUUCAUUCGAGCAACUUGGAGAGGGGAAAGGCUUGUAUUGUGGCUUCCGCACUCGUCGGGAAGUGAAAAUAACCAGACACGGGGAGGUUCUGAAGGCCAAGGGACCUGUGAGAAACCGGACGAAUUUCAUAGUUUGACAGAAAUCUUCCCCCAGCUUGCCUCACAUGUUAUAUAAUUCAAGUCGUUUCAAAGUCAAGAGUAUUUAGUCUCAUAGUUCUUCUAAUUAAGAAAAUGAGGCAGAAGGAAGUGUUAACCAAGACCUUCCAAGGCCCAGCCGUGGUCUGUAGGACUCCGACCAGCCACAUUUACAUGUUUGAGAAUGGUGUUGGGGACUCCGGGGACUCCUCUGAGGAAGAGUCCCACCAAAUAGCUCUGCGGCCCCGGGGCAAGGAGCGCCAGAAGAAGGGUGCCCACCACCCUCACCAGCCAGGAGCAGGGGACAUGGUGCUGCUGCAGCGGGAGCUGGCCCAGGAGGACAGCCUCAACAAGCUCGCUCUUCAGUAUGGCUGCAAAGUUGCAGAUAUCAAGAAAGUCAACAACUUCAUCAGAGAACAAGACUUACAUGCUUUGAAAUCUGUUAAGAUUCCAGUGAAAAACCACGGGAUCCUAACAGAGACCCACAAAGAACUCAGACCCCUCCUGAGCUCAUCUACAGAGACCAGAGUGACCUUCGAGGAGCAGCCAGACCCAGACAGAGCAGCUGUCAGUGCCAGUGCAUCGUCUAACCCACUGACGGAUUUCUUUAAGGGCAUUGACCAGAAUAUUGAGCAUGCAGUGCAGUCGGAAAUCUUUUUGAGUGAAAGUUACUGCAUAGAGACCUCCAGUCAGCCACUGCUUCCGACUCUUCCGAAGAUACCUACAAACGGUGCAGACUGUGGAAUUCAGAGGUGGAAUGCUGUUUUUAUCAUGCUUCUGAUUGGAAUUGUUUUACCAGUGUUUUAUUUGGUCUAUUUUAAAAUACAAAGUACUAGUGAGAUCCCUAGUAUCUUGAAUACAACUGCUGUCCCUAAUGGCUCGAUGGCAGUGAGUGCAGUUCUAGGGCAAUCCCCCAAAUUAGCGAUUCCAUUGCCAACCAUUCCCUCUUCAGACAGCCAGUUCAGUCAGACCACCCACGGGGAGAACUAGCUCUUGUUGUUUCUAAGGAAUCAGGGCAGCUUUAGCACUUGCGCUCCUAAUGUGCAUCAGCCGACAUUGGCCAUAUCUUAGCGUGCUGCAUUUUUUUUUCUGUGACAUAUGGACGCGUUACAGAAGCCACCAUCAUGUCAGUCACACUCAUCAUGGGGAAUAGACUCGCCUGAUCCAAGGCUGUGGGAGCCAAAACACCAGCAUCCUCAACCUCCUACAUCCAAAGAGGAGGGGCAGGAGAGACAUUUACACAUGACAGAUGCUGUUCCUUGAAGGCACUUAGUGGACUGGCCAUGAAUGUCUUCACAAUAGCACUGUGUAGGUCCCCAAGCUGGAUGUGCUUGGAGGGAGAUGAAUGGCAUUGGCAGAGGGACCUGCAGUAUGGGAGCCCCUGGUAUCAGCUUUGGUUGUCUGGAUGUUUGCUUUGUCCCCUGCCUGCUGUGGAGGAGUGACUGGCUCUGACAAAUGAUGUUUUGUGUCCCCCCAACAAAGGUGUUGUGCAAUAGCGAUGGGAUGUCACCCUGUUGCAGAGUGUGACACAUGACAGUUGUAAUAAGCCCUGCUUCACAUUUGCCCCCUCAGACAGCCUUUUUGAGGCAAUGUCAUAUCUAGAAUUUAAAAAGCCCUAAAUCUAAAUUGCUAUAAUACUGAGUAAAUAGCAGUUCUGUUCCUCGUAAUUUUAGAGCUCCUUAAUCUGACACACAGGCACGUUUUAAGCACUUCCUGGCCAGGACAUGUGGAGGCCAUGGCCCAGUUUCACCUGAGGAGCAUUUCUACAGUGAUUGCUAACUGGAGUCCCCAAGUCAGCAUUCUUGGAAGGAUCUCUUCCUGGUCAGUGUCUGGAGUGGAGUAGGUAUAGGGAGAAGGAUGAGUGCCUAUCACCGAGGUCCCAACAUGUGACACUUACAAGGCUGAACAGUCAUCAGUCCAGCUUUUGCUGGCCCCUGUAUGUGUCUGGAAGAGUGGUACAGGGAGAAUGGGCUUGCUUCCUGCUGCUUCCUUGACUCCAUCCUUAGGACUUAUAGAGCCACAGAACAGGAACGGGGCUCAGUCACUUUUCCUUGGGUGAAUACAAUGUAGCUCAUAAUGUUAAAAUAUUGAACACUUAAUGGAGGGCCUAGAGGUGACCCUUGCUGUGGAAGACCGUAAAAAGAGGGGCCUGGGGGUUUGCCCGUCUCCUCCUAUGACAAGGCAACAGUGGUGCUAAGUUCAGAGGCUCGUGGAGGGCAUGGGUUGGCCUCUGAGACCUUGCUGGUGGAGCAAGCGUGAAUGGGGUGAGGGCAGGAGUCUGCCUCGGUCCCUUGGAGGAGUGGAAAUUGGCCAGGGUGGCUGGUGGCUCAGCCUUAGGGAGGUCUGUCUCCAGGGAGGAAAACAUGCUGCUCUUGGGUUUUAGGCAGGUUUAAGACAUUUGACACAUUCGGCCUAGAGAUCAAUUUAAAAGAGCUCAUCAUGUAAGAGGAGGGGAAUGUGGCGGACAAGUACCUGAGAUGGGCUUCCAGUUUCUUUCCCCUCUCAGUUAUGUGAAAAACUAUUUUGCCCUGGGUUCAAUUAGCAAAUUUAAAUUAUCUUCAAAAUUAAAUGUUUUCUUCAAAAGCAAAAUGGUCUUCAGGAUAAAAUGAACUUGUCAGCCUUUGCUACAGGAAAUGUUUUGAUCAUGUAAAUGCUUUUCCAGCCAAACGUUUGUGUGCACUGUGCCCCUGAGGGCCACAGGUUUCUCUAACCAUUUGUCACCAUUAAUUUCGCCAGGCAGGACUCAGACUCUCAUGAGAAAAUGACUUUUGCCAGGCAAAGAAUGAAUAUCUGUAUACUUUUUUUCAAAUGUAAUAAAAUAAUUUCUUCUGUGAAGGAAAA